GCGGGUUACUCGGACGCACAACAACAAAGCAGCAGCAGUCCCUUUAAAGAAGGAGACCGUUUUUAAGGAUUUAACAUCAAUAAAAACCUGUAAAUCAAGCUUAAUAUUAUUUUCGGGCCUAGAGAAGACGGAUAGAUGUCUGAGUCUCAAGAACAGGCUAAAAGAGCAGAAGAGGAGACUGAUACACCAGAUCUGCAGGGUGAGUCGGACGACAGCAGUGACGAGGGUGAAGCCUGUGGAGACAGUGAAAUGGAUUUCCUGCGCAAUCUCUUCUCUCGGACUCUUGGCCUGAGUCCUGGAGAGAAAGUUCUUGAUGAGCUGAGCCUCGAGGGGGUUGCCCGCUACAUGCAGAGCGGUAAAUGUAAGAGCAUUAUCUGCAUGGUGGGUGCAGGAAUAUCAACAUCGGCUGGCAUCCCCGACUUCCGCUCUCCAGGAACCGGUCUCUAUGCAAACCUGCAGAAGUAUAACCUGCCCUAUCCUGAGGCCAUCUUUCAGAUCGACUACUUCAAGAAACAUCCGGAGCCGUUCUUUGCUCUGGCCAGGGAGCUGUAUCCAGGACAGUUUAAGCCCACAGUGUGUCACUACUUCAUCAGAAUGCUGAAGGAUAAAGGCCUGCUCAGACGCUGCUACUCACAGAACAUUGAUACUUUAGAGAGAGUGGCGGGGCUGCAAGGAGAGGACCUGGUUGAAGCCCAUGGCACCUUCCACACCUCCCACUGUGUGAGCUUCUUCUGCCGGAAGGAGUACACCAUGGAGUGGAUGAAAGAGAAGAUCUUUUCCGAGGACAUCCCGAAGUGUGAAGCCUGCAACAAUCUAGUCAAACCUGACAUUGUGUUCUUUGGGGAGAAUCUGCCAGCUCGGUUCUUCAGCGCAAUGAAACAGGACUUCCCCAGCUGUGACCUCCUCAUCAUAAUGGGCACUUCUCUACAGGUUCAGCCGUUUGCAUCUCUUGUCAGCAGAGUUCCAAACAGUUGUCCUCGACUCCUCAUCAACCUGGAGAAGACAGGACAGUCGGACUUUGCGUCGAGUUUACUGGGUUUCGGAGGAGGGAUGGAUUUUGAUUCAGAUAAAGCUUACAGGGAUGUUGCACAAUUGAGCACUUGUGAUGAUGGUUGCUUGGCUUUAGCAGACCUGCUGGGCUGGAAGGCGGAGUUGGAGGAGCUGGUGAAGCGUGAACACGCUUUGAUUGACAGCAGAGAUGCAAAAAAGAAAGGUGAGAAGUCAAGUCAGAGCUCCGGAGCCACUGAGAAAGCUAAAGGGGCAGAGUCUGAAGCUGGGAAGAGUGACAAGACUGAGUAACCAAUCGGAAAAAAAGAAGCCCAGCCCGGGACUGCCCAUGUGGUCCCAUGAAUGGUCAUUUUUACUUUGUCUCCCUCCUCUUUCUGCCUCUUUGGAAUGGUGAACUCCACCAAGAAGGACAAGGUUCGGUUUCCUAGAAGAACAAAAGUUCUAAUAUCCUAACGUUAUAGUCCUUCACCAUCUUCUGAUGCCAGUGUAGUAGAACCAAGGCCAAAGCAGUUAGCAAUACACACCAUAUAAGCUUUAAGCUGUACCGAAACUCAUUGAGCAGGGAGAGGCAUAGGGCAGCAGAUACAGAGCCACUCAUGGGAGCUCCUCUUAAAGGGGAAUUCCACCAAAUUUCCUCAAUGUCUGCAUAAUCAAAGAGUUAAAAUGUAAACAGAGUCGUUCAGAGUGGUUCAGUGUGAAAUGCUCUGUUCUAGAGAAACCUAGAGUCAGAAUUGUUCACAGUGGUGGUGAUAGGAACCAGACGUCCGCCUCUAAACAUCUAGCUCCCUUACAGAAAGCUAUUGCAUCAAAUGGUUAUGAAUUCACUGCCUGAUGUCUGGUGAUAGUUUUGAGAAGAUUUUGGUUCUGAAACGUAAUUUUAGAAAACGUUUAUGGUGGAGGGAUAUGUGCAGGGCAUUUUGAGGGCGCUGCCCUGCGAUGGACUGGCGACCUGUCCAGGGUGUAUCCUGCCUUCCGCCCGAAGACCGCUGGGAUAGGCUCCAGCAUCCCCCCGCGACCCUGACGGAGAAGCGGCUUAGAAAAUGGAUGGAUGGAUGGAUUUUGAGGCAAAGAAAACAUUCUUGAACUGUUUGACUUAAUAAACUAAGAAGGCAUGUGUAGGUUCACUGGUCCUGUUGGACGGUAAAUAAAAUGUCUUUACAGUGAAUCAUUUCACAUCAAACCACUCUGAAUGACUUUGGUGACAGCUCAACCACUGAAUUAUGGAGGAAUUUUACAAAAUUGGUGGAAUUCCACUUUGAGUGCAUUGGUUGGGUCAGAAAAACUCUAGUUUCACUAUAAUUCAUCUUAACUAUAAAGUGCAUAAGAAUAAGGAUUUUAGCAGCUAUUUGCAAUCUAAUCCGUUUUAUUAUCAUUAUUAUUAUUAUUAAUAAUAUUGUUAAUAAUAAAUUAUGCUUAUAUAAUUAAGGCCCCACAUGUGCACAUGAGGAUGUUUACUACCUUGAUUGAGUUGUGUUUAACUCUUCAAAUGAUAAACCUGGUCGUGGGAGAUUUGCAGUGUCCCCCUCUUUUUUUGUAUAAGCAGUUUCUUUUCUUUUAAGAAUAUUUUUAUUAAUGCCUUCAUUAAUUAUAACAACAUACUUAAUGCAUUCUAUUAAGUUAACCUAAUUGACGCCUGAUUUGCUUCUCUUUUUGUUGGCAUGUUAUGUAUCUCAAUAGCAUGAUGAUGCAAAAGCAUAAUGUUUACAGCAGUAUUGCUGUGAUUUGCUCCCCGAGUUGAUGCAUUUGGUAACCAGCAAAAAUGGGAAUUAAACAGUAAACAAAUGAACAAACAGUUUUGUUGUCCCUCUUUUCAGAAGAGGACUGUCCAGUUGUAUUAAUAGCUUUUUAUCAAUAUUAAUAGCUGUUCUAAUAAAGCUCCCUGAGUUAAUGUAUUGAGACGACAGCAGCAUGAACGAAACUGCAUGAGGAAGAAGAAGCUGUGGCUCAGUAGUGAAGGUCGUCCUCCUCUGGACGCCAAACAGCUCUUCAUGUGUUUAUGCUCAGUGUAGGUUGGUCAUCUCUAUGCCAACUGAGAUUAUGAGUUAUCUGAGUUAUAGAUAACGAUUAUUUACACAUACCCACAUCACAUCACGUCCUCUACCAGAAACAAACGGUCUCAGUGUCUUUCUGCUCAUUUUAGUCUCUACUUAUUUGCUGACAUAUUUUGGAGAAAAAAAAUUAAAGUGUGCCUUAACUUUUCCGCAA